AUGGAUUGUGCCAUUGAAUUAGAACCUGGGGCCAAGUUACCAAAACCCAGAAUGUACUCCAUGACGCCUGCGGCGGAAAUGACAGAAUUGAGGAAGUACAUUGAUACCAACUUAGCCAGACGAUUCAUCGAGACUGCAAAAUCUAGAGUGGCAGCCCCUGAGAUCAAUGAAAAUACUCAGAUCCUGCCCAAUGUCACACUGGGCUUUCACAUCUAUAAUAGCAAUUUUAGUCCAGGUUGGACUUACCUUGCUUCCAUGGGGCUUCCCUUCACCCAGGGUAAAUUCAUUCCUAACUACAAAUGUGGGGUCCCCCAAAACCUGGCUGCUGUCCUUAUGGGACCUGACAUCUGUCUUCAUGUGGGAACUGUUCUAAACAUCUACAAAGUUCCUCAGCUGACCUAUGGCUCUGCUCCACUCAUGAAUAAAGAGACUCAAGCAGUUUUCUUCCAACAAAUGUUUCCAGAUGAAUCCCACCAGCAUAGUGCUCUUCUCCAGCUCUUGUUGCAUUUUAGAUGGAUCUGGAUUGGAGUUCUGGCCGUGAAUGAUGACAAUGGAGAGAAAUUUGUCCAGGAGGUGCUUCCCAUGUUUUCCCAGCAUGGCAUCUGCUUUGAUUUCAUACAAGACUUUCCUUAUGUAGCAUUUUACAUUGAUUUUAAUGUUCAAGUAGCUGAAGGACUCCAUAUAUACCAAGUUCUCAUGAACAGCACAGCCAAUGUCAUAGUCUUAUAUGGUGAAAGUAGGUCCAUAACUUUUCUGAGAAUGUAUUUGCAAUUGUCAGAAGUGGAAGAUAUACCAAAGAAGACAAAAAUCUGGGUUACAACAGCUCAGACAGAUUACACUUCCAAUUCCUUUCAUAGAUCAUGGGAUAUCCAUUUCCUGCAAGGUGCUUUAUCCUUUGCAAUUCACACAAAGGACAUUGAAGACUUUCCAAAGUUUCUUGAAAGUAUAAGUCCAAUCAACAACCAGCAUGAUUAUUUUAGGAAAGAUUUCUGGGAACAGGCAUUCAACUGUUUCUUCACCAAUCCUGAAGCAGAAACGUCUGAGAAGAAAUGUACUGGACAGGAGAGGCUUGAGACCCUUCCUACAUCCGUGUUUGAAACACGCAUGAGUGGCCAGAGCUAUAAUAUUUACAAUGCAGUCUAUGCUGUGGCACAUGCUUUGCAAUCUCUGUAUUUAUCAAAGUCCAGGCAAAAGAUAGUAGUGAAAGAAAGAAGGCAGCAGUUUCCGAACCAAGUGUUAUGGCAGCUUAAUUCCUUUCUAAGAAGUGUCUCAUUCAACAACAGUGUUGGUGAAAAGAUCACUUUUGACAAAAAUGGAGAAUUCAUUGGCGGAUUUGAUAUUAUCAACUGGAUCACAUUCCCAAACCAGUCCUUUAUUAGGGUCAAAGUUGGGAGAAUAGACCCCACAGCUCCACCUGACAAAUUCUUCAAUAUCUCUGGGGAUUCCAUUGCUUGGCCAGUAGGCUUUCCUCAGAACACUUUGACUGGAACUUCUCUGGAGGUCAAGAUGGCCACAAUCAUGCUCACCUUUUGUGAGACUCUAAAACCUGGUACCACGACCAGGGCACCACCUUGGUCUUUAUGUAAUGAUCCUUGUAGGGCAGGAUACAGCAAGGUCAAGCAAGAAGGGGAGUCAUUUUGCUGCUAUGAUUGUCUUCCAUGUCCAGAAGGGAAAAUAUCAGAGGAGAAGGACAUGGAUGACUGUUUUCGGUGCCCAGAUGAUCAUUAUCCAAACCCUGACAGAAAUACAUGCCUUCCAAAGCAGAUUAGCUUUUUAUCCUAUGAAGAACCCAUGGGGAUCAGUCUUACCGCCCUUUCUCUUUGUUUUUGUUUAAAGACAAUUUUGGUGCUUAUAAUUUUCAUUAAGUAUAAAGAUACUCCCAUUGUCAAAGCCAACAACCAGAAUCUCACCUACACGCUCCUUGUUUCUCUCCUCCUAUCUUUCCUUUGUGUGUUUCUAUUUAUUGGGAGACCCAACAAAAUUCUGUGUCUCCUUCGACAACCAGCUUUUGGACUCAUCUUCUCUGUGGCAGUUUCUUGUGUAUUGUCCAAAACCUUUGUAGUGGUUCUAGCAUUUAUGGCCACCAAACCUGGCUCCAACAUGAGGAAAUGGGUGGGUGGGAGAAUGGUCAUUUUUAUUCUUUUUUCCUGCUCCCUUGUUCAAACCACUAUUUGCAUAGUAUGGUUGACAAUUUUUCCACCAUACCCAGAUUUUGAUAUGCAGUCAAUGUCUGAAGAAGUCAUCCUGGAGUGCAGUGAGGAAUCGAUCAUGUCCUACUGUGUUUUGGGCUUUAUGGGUUUUCUUGCUCUGGUUAGCUUCUCUGCUGCUUUUUUAGCUAGGAAGUUACCUGAUAGCUUCAAUGAAGCCAAAUUCAUAACCUUCAGCAUGUUGGUCUUCUGCAGUGUUUGGCUUUGCUUUGUUCCAACUUAUCUAAGCACAAGGGGGAAAUAUAUGUUGGCUGUGGAGAUCUUCUCCAUGAUUUCCUCCAAUGCUGGCUUAUUAGUGUGUAUCUUUCUUCCCAAGUGUUUUAUCAUUGUGAUUAGACCUGAACUGAACAACAAACAUCAGCUAAUGAAAAGAAAAUUGUAA